AUGUCGUCAGGAGCCUUCAAUGUCUUCCGCGUUGCGGGGGAUAUCUUUCACAUAUCCUCGAAAGGAAUCCUCAUGUAUGCGAUACAUCGCAACCGCAGUGCUGAAGGAGUGUCGAUGAUUACACAGAUCCUCUACGCGAUCGUUUUCUGUACUCGAUACCUCGAUAUCUUCACCGAGCCGUCGCCGUAUAAUCUUUUCUUCAAAAUCUUCUACAUCACUUCUUCGCUUUACAUCAUUGCUAUCAUGCAAUGGGUCUUCCCCAGAACUAGAGAGCGCGAGAUAUCAUGGAAGAUUGGUGCAGCCAUUCUCGGCGGCUCAUUUAUCGUCUCGCCUUUUGCCAUGCUUAUAUUUGAGAGCUAUUGGAGCUUCUCUCAGUGGCUCUGGGACUUCUCUGUAAUACUCGAAUCGGUCUGCGUUCUCCCUCAGCUUCUUCUCUUGCGCCAAACCACGGUCCCGACGGUUAUAAAUUCGUUCUAUCUGCUUGCCCUCGGCACCUAUCGUUUUCUCUAUGUCCUGAACUGGAUCUAUCGAGGGGUUGAUCCCUCCAGUAGACCACCCAACGCCGUUUCGGUCAUCUUUGGUGUCAUCCAAACCGCUCUGUUCAUUGACUUCUUCUGGUGCUACUACACACGCCCCCGUGUCAGGCUACGAAACGGUGGCAUUGUCGAUGCCCAAGACUAUCAACGGGGUUGGCUUAUCGGACGGAUCAUCGGUCCAAAUGUACACGUGGAGCAUGAUGAUGAUGAAGAGUCCAGCCCGGCGACUGGCGGUCGCAACCAACCUCGGAGCUCGGCUCGCCCGAAGUGGGGAUCUCGGGGAAUUUCUGUCUCCGCUGAUGAUGGUAUUCAUGAGACGGAGAGGCUGACUGGUCACCAAAACGACGUGGACUUCGAUGAUGCAGUUGACCCCGACGCCAGGAUGCACGAUCCAGAUGACCUCGCCAAAGCCCUUGACGACGAUGACGAGGACUCGGCACUCCCUUCUGUGCAUACAACUGGUAACGGUGAGCCAAGCGGCGUGACGAAUGGCGAGGAAUGGCGGGAUAAUUGA